AUGGCAAGCGAAUUCUCAAAGAAAUACACCCAAGCCAACAUCGCCCCCGAUGCAGCCCCCUACGACGAGGCGGUCUUCCUGUCCCUGCACAAAACACUCGCGAGCCACGUCGCGUCAGAUACGCUCGCGACUGCUAUCCUCGCAACAAUCCUCUGCGCACAGGCGCGCGGCGACGCCGUGGUCCAGCUAUUCCGCAGCGUGACAAAGCACAGCUCCGAGUGCGAAGCAGAGGUCAAGUCCCGAUUCAUCGCUGUCCGCGAGGCCGUCACCCUCGCGGUGCCGUUCGUCGGGCUUCCCAAUUGCAUGCCAGCAUGUUUUGGCCUGGUGAAUGAGAUCAAGGGGCGGGGGUUUGCGGGUGGGGAUGGGGGUGGGAUUCCGGGGCCGCGACGGACAAACUUUGGAGAGCUCGAUUACACCAGUCGCGGCGCGGAAACCGUAUCUCGGAUUUACCGUGGGGUAGGUAAUUCCGAAGUGCGCGAGAUGAUCCAGCAGUUUUUUCCAGAGAUGUCAUACUACGGUCGAACAACCGUCUGGGGCUACCUGGUCGGAUCCAGCCCCAUCUUGGAGUUGAAAGAUGCGGAGAUGCUCGUCGCUGCUUCCAUCAUGGGCCUUGGAGCGACACGACAGGCGCGGAGUCACGUCAAGUGCGCGCUUUCAGUGGGGAAUAGUCUGGAGCUGGUUACUGCGACGGUGGAGGUGGCGCAGGCGGUUGGUGCGUGGAACGGGAGGACGCUUCUCGGGGGGGUGGACGUGGGGGAACUGGCCGGUGAACUGGAGAAGAACCUGGCUGCUUCGAUAACAUAG